AUGCCACAUCAUCCGCAGUCCACCGGGCAGAUUGUCUGCCAGGGGUGCCAGGUGACGUUGGCGUACCCUAUCGGCGCCCCCUCCGUGCGCUGCCCGAUGUGCACCACCAUCACCCCCGUGCAGCAGUUCAGCGUGACGUGCGUGUGCUGCCGCUGCAUCCUCAUCCUGCCGCAGAACACGAGCCUUGCCAUGUGCCCCCGCUGUCGCACCGUCAUGAGCAUCCCCGCAUGCAUCCGCGAGGGCCUCACCAGCCAGCAGCCGCCGAAGCAGUGCGUGUACAUUGACCGUCCAGCCGUGGACGCGUUAGGGCACUCAGUAGCUCGUCUUUCCGUGGGAACCAAACUGGACGACGACCCCAACGCACCGGAGAUGAUUCAACGACGCGGCAGAUGA